AUGUCUUCGCCGCGCCGCUCCUGCUCCUCUGUCUUUUCCCCCUCCCCCUGCGCCUCUCCCUCCCCGUGGUCCCGCCGUCGGCGCAGCGAGAGCUCUCUGCUGCUCGCGGAUUGCGCCACUCCGGGUCGUCACGGCGCCCCCGCUCCUGGUUUUCCGCCCUGCAACGCGCAGCCGUCUCAUCUUCCGCCGUUUCCGCCGCCAUCCGCACGCGCUUUCCUGCACUCCGCGUCCGCCUGCUCCUCCGCGUGUCCCGGGUGCUGGGACAUUUCCCUCGCCUCCCCGCGCGCCUCCCCGCGCUACGCCACUCCGCGCGACGCCGCUCCGUGCGCCAGACCGCGGGAGUGCAGGGAUCUAGGCCAGGGGGAAUGGGGCGGCGCGGCGGACGGCGGAGAAGGCAUGGGCGCGGCGGAGGGAUGGGGGGGGCGGGCGGAGCAGCGCGGGUGGCUGAGACGGUCCGAGACGUUUGCGGUGGGGGAAGGGGGGAUGCGGGGCGUGGGGAGCGGAUGGCGGGAGGUGCGCGCGGAGCAGAGCGGUGAUAUAGCCUGGGGAGCCAUGCCGGGGGAGUACGGGGGCGCGGCGGAAAGGGACAGGCGGAACGGAUUCCGCGCAUGGGCGCAGGUGUACGGCAUCGGGGGGAGAAUGGGCGAGGGGGAGGGGCGGGCGGGGGAGAGAGGCGCGGUAGUGAACAGCGGAAGCGGCAGUUGCAGCAGCGCGUGCGACAGCGGAAGCGGGAAUGGGAGCGGUGGCUUUCCCAUCACGAGCACGACGAGCACGAGCAGCAGCGGCAGUUGCGGCAGCGGCGUUUGCGAGGUGCCUGCAGGGGUGACGCACGAGCGGAAAGGGAGCGGCGGAGGGAUGAGCGGGACCAGCAAGGGCGACGAGGUCGCAGCAGCGGCGGCGGCGGCGGCAGCGGAGGAGAAGGCGGCUGCGAUGGAGAGCGCUGCGGAGCGGAUCAAGAGCAUGCGCGCGGAGCAGAUGCGCGUGAUGGGGCUGGAGGGGCCGGUCCCCGCGAGCCGCAUGCUGCGCGUGCGGAGCGACCUCCGCGGGUACGCUGGGUGGGCGCGAGGCGCGGAGGACGGCAGAGACGGCAGCGGGUUCAGGGACGCGCGCCGAUCCAGCUGCGACUCGCCUUCUAACGGGGAUGAUGCAAGCCGUGGCUAUUACUGCAGAGGAGGCGGAGGCGGAUGCGCAGGGGGACUGCGGAGGGGGGAGCGCGGCUCGCGGAGCAUGACGAUCCGCGAGAGCGAGGAGGCGGACGCCGCUUCCCCCUCGUACCGCCCCCUGCUCUCCAUCCCUUCGCCCUCCUCCGCCCUCGCCCCCAUGCGCCGUACCCGCUCCGAACUCUGGCCCGCGCGCCCCCCUCCGCUGCCGCUCGUGGCGGAGGGCGGGGCGGCGGAGGGCGCGUGGGGGCAGCGCGGGAGUGAGGGGAGGGGCAGGCGGAGCUGUGAAGGCAUGGGGGACGUUCCAAGGCGGGCGCGCACGCAAGUGGGGGGAAAGGGGGAGAGGUAUGCGCAGGGCGGGGGGAACCUGUGGGGAGAGGGGGACAUAUUGGCGGAGGGGAACGGGAGGAGGUGGCGGCGCGCGUCGUUGGAAGGGGGCGCGCGGGGAGGAUGGGGGGAGGUAUAUGGGGGGAGUGCAGUCGCUGUAGUGGGGGAAGAGGAGGCGGGGGAGGAUACGUGCGGAGAAGGGGAGACUGACAUGGCGAUUGUACGAGUGGGCAGCGGCAGCAGCAGCAGCAGCAUUGGCAGCGUGAGUGGCGGAGGGAGUGGGGACGAGAGCAGCGGCGCAGAGGCAGCGAGUGAGGAGCGUGCGGGGGAUGUCGAGGGGGAGACGGGCGGAAGCAGCAGCGGGGAAAACGAGGGGGAGCAGUGGGCGGGGAUGGGGAGGCGCAGAGUGGAAGCGGGGGGGAUUACAGCUCCUGACGGGUCGUGCGACGCUGUAACGCCUCCUCCGCGCUCGUCUGCUCCCCUCAUCCAUGCCACACAAGCAGCAGCUGCAUGCAGAGCAGGCAGCCUGGGCAGCGAUACGCCUACUGCAUCCUCGGAGCUGGUGGAAGUGGGGGGAGGGGCGCGAGUGGGCGCCAUGAGCGCACGAGCGUCCCCCCAGCAGCCCCUGCCGCGGGUGUGCCAUCUGCCCCUCGUUCCUGGGCUCGCGCCCUGCCCUGUGCGCAGCGGUGGCGCUGACGUGGCGCAGGGCGGGCUGGGGGAGGGGGCGCCGGGAGGGAAGGUGGGAGGGGAGCAGAGGGGCGCGGGAGAGGUGGUGGUUGGCAGCGAGGGUAGUGGGUGGGCCAGAGAGGAUAGCAAGGGUGGCGAGGGUGGGGAGCAGGAGGCAGUGGCGCAGUGCAUGGCCGUGUGCUCUGCACUCUCCAGACACAUCCUCGCUGCUGCUGCCUGCUCUGCGUCUACAGCACCGCUCAGCCACCUCGUGCUCAACCUGGCACACCCCUCCUUGCUCUCCACACUCCUCCCCACGUCCCCUCUCGCCACCCUCCUCUACCACCCGCACUCACUACCUCUGCCUCUGCCUCUGCCUCUGCCUCUCCCCGCCACGUCAUCCGCCCUCAAUGCUGCCUCGUUACACGACCAUCGCCCGCAGCAGCACAGCCGCAUUGCAACAGCAUGCCUGGCAGCGCAGGAGAAUGCUGCGUGGAAGCGUGGGGCACUCGUGUGCAGGCAGGAUGCGGAGGGGGUGUCUGUAGAACUGGGUACAGCGGUAUCAAAGGGUGGUGGCGCACGGGACGGGAGAAAGGUUGUUGCUGCGCCUGCAGUGGAAGCCUCUGCAGCCUCCCUUUCUUCAGAAGUGGCUCUACUUCAGCCGCGAUCGCUUGCAGACGUUCUUGAUAUGCUGGACGCUCAUCCCGCCAUCACUUGCCCCGCUUCUGCUGCUUCUGCUGCCGCUGCACAUGCGCCAAGCGUCUCGGUGUCUGUGCUAAGAGCACGCAUUCGAGCGGUGGUAGCAGCAGUGGCGGGGCAGCCUACUGUGCGGGUAGCAGUGGUGCUGCUGCCCUCAUCCCACCCCACCUCGUUGUGCCCAGAGUCCACUGAGGCGGGUCCAAAGCAUGCUGCAGAGCCUGUGGACCAGCAGCAGCAGCAGCAGCAGCAGCAGCAGCAGCAGCAGCAGCAGCAGCAGCAGCAGCAGCAGCAGGCAGUGGUGGUGCCAGGGCUGUGGGUGGGGGACAUGGUGGCACUGGCAGGCGGCAGCGGUGUGGUGGCACAGGAGGCAGGGGGGAGCGCGCGGGCAGUGCAGUGGCAGCAUGUGUUGGACAGCGCUCCUGACGCUCUGCUGCUGCUGCUGCCGCCCCACCACGGCCCUUCCAUCAGCGAGGCAAGUCUGAAUGCCAGUCUACCUGGCUUGGACACACUACCAGCCGCCAGAAGAGGCAUGCUGUUUGCAUGCCACCACGCCCUCUUUACAUGCCCUGGAGCCUCUCUAGUGGAUGGACUAGAGCUGCUCGCGCAUCUGCUGCAUCCCACACGUGCCAACUACCACGGCUCGUCAACAGUGCAUCGGCUCGGCGCUUCUAUUAACAAAUGA